ACGUCAGUUUUUUUUCUUUUAUUCCCCAGUCGCCCCCCAAUCUCCCAUCCCCUGCUUCAUUUUCUUUCAUUCCCCGUCGCCGCCAGUUUAUGGUGGAGUUGCAGGGAUUGAAGGUCGUUGAGGGCGAGGAUCCACCCAGAGUUUUGCAUUUCAAUCCGAGGUUGGCCCAUGAUUAAGCUCAAUACUUGCUAUAGGAUGCAGUGGGGCUCGGCGUUAAGGUGCGAAGAGAAGAAACCGGUCCCUUCAUUUUUAUGGACCAAUUAACACGAGGAAACUAAGAAAUAUAUGGCAGGAUUCUCCGAGUAAUUAAAACCAGGUUUUCUAAAGCGGCAAUCUUCAUCAGUGUUUUUUUUUUGGCGAGCAGGCACUGUGACAGUUCUUUGAGAUGAAUUGGACAAAGGCUUGGUGUUACCUUGGCAGAACUCAGAAAAUUAUUGAAAGGAUUUCACCAUCAUAUCACACUAUAAAUGGUGCUUUUGCCUCUGAGAAAAUUAUAGCUCUUCAUUGCUUGCAAUCUCAAAGUGGAUGUCUACCAGCAAGAUAUUUGUUGAAAGAUGAUUUGUGUGGUGGGCCAAUAGGCUUCCGAGAUAGGCUGAUCUCCGCACGCAAUAUUGUUUCGAGAUAUAAGCUACCUGGUUGUUUAGAAGGAAAUUCCCCUUGGUCAAAACAGAGCACAAUAACUUUAUCUCGCAAAUUUGGACACAAGGUUGACAGUGAUACUCACUUGACAAGGGAUUUUCUUGUACAGCUUUGGGUUGCUGAUAGGAAAAUGAAAAAUUAUAGGGGAAAGGGAAGACGAAAAAUUGCUACACAUGGAAGUGCUGGUGGAAAAGCAUAUGAUAGCCAGCAUCAGUAUGGAAGAUGGUAUUCAGGUGCAUCUCUUACAGAACAAAAUUUCAUGGAUCAGGAUAAACCAGUUUUGACUCAACCACCUCUCAGCCAAUCUGUCUCAGGUCUUCUGAAGCCACAAUCUCCAGAGGAGGCCCAGGUCACCCCACUUCUUGCUAGAUCCAAUUUGCUGAUUACUAGGAAUAUAGAGUGGGCGAAUCUUGUGCUUGGUUUUGAGCAGGAAAACCGGUAUGCAAUAGUAGAUGUGUGCUACCCCCAGUCUCCUGUUGGCUUUAUUCGUGAGCAGAGUAAUAUGCUUACCAGACAGUUUCUUCGACUAAGACGCCCUUUUGUCGCUUAUAUAACCGAUGGCAUGGGUAAUGAGCUCUUCAGGGUUCGCAGGCCUUUUUGGUGGAUAACCAGCUCAAUUUAUGCAGAGAUUAAUGGUAAGGAUGUUGGUGUAGUUCACAGACGAUGGCAUCUCUGGAAGAGAGUGUAUGACUUGUACCUGGGGAACACGCAGUUUGCAGUGGUUGAAAAUCCUGGCUUCUGGAAUUGGACAUUCACUUUGAAAGACAUAGAUGGGAAAGUGCUUGCUCAGAUAGAUCGUGACUGGAGGGGGUUUGGAUUUGAGAUCUUUACUGAUGCUGGUCAAUACGUGAUCCAAUUUGGGAGUUCUGAUCCCAGCUCCAAGACUGGCCCUGCUAGAGGGAUACAAGAGUUAGAAGUUGCCCGUCCACUGACACUGUUGGAGAGAGCUGUGACUCUGGCUCUUGCUAUAUCACUGGACAAUGACUAUUUCUCGAGACAUGGUGGCUGGGGGCUACCAUUUGUUGCAGUUGGUGAGUAGGUUCGUUUUGCGGAAUGGUCCUCAACCCUGGUGGUUCUCUCUCUUUCUGUGUCGCAUCUAGCAGUAAACCAAGGAACUUUAGAGCUCCUGGAAGGUGUUCUACUGAUAUGCGUUCUUGUUUCCUCUUACUUCACCUCACAUUCUCAACUCAAAAGACUACCAAAUAACUUGCUUUCUUAGCUGCAUUCUGAAGCGGUUCUUGGCAUCUGUUACUGGCCAUGACUAAUAAAGAGAAUUUGAAGCUUCAUUAUUUCUCAUCGAGAGAAUGUAUUUAAUUCAAGACCUGCUUCUACUUUUCGAAAGUAAAAUGGGUAUCCCGCACGCAAGAAACUCGUGUUUUGUACUGUCGCAUGACGAGAAAUAAAAGGGAAGUAAGUGUUUGCUAAAGUUGUAUGUAGUUGGGGAAGGUAUUUACCCUCUUGGGUGAGGAUGUGACUAUUUAUUUUGAAUUUAUACUUGACUAUACAUGCCAUUUUAUGCA